CCAGCAUUUUCACCUUUAUUUCAACCAUGCAGAGGUCAACCAAGAGAGCUAAACAAGAGGAAACUGCUUCAGUCAACCAUCUAAUUUCACAGCCAAAGUUCACAGAUGAACAAGAGUUUUCUAUCAUGGUUGCUGCUUUGAAAAAUGUUAUAACAGGUGAUACAACACAAGAAUUUCAAUAUAUAAUUUCAUCUUCUUCACCUUCUACGUGCAUGUCAAGUUUAGAGCCUCCUCUCUUUCGCGUUCCAACAGAACCAGAGCCAUGUCAGUUCUGUAAAAUAAAAGGGUGUUUAGGUUGCAACUAUUUUGGAGCUCCAGUUCCUGAUGAUAAUAACAAGAAGACAAAGACUGUAGUUGUCAAGAAAAAACAGAAGAAGAAUUACAGAGGGGUGAGACAGAGACCGUGGGGAAAAUGGGCUGCAGAAAUUAGAGAUCCAAGAAGGGCAGCUAGAGUAUGGCUUGGGACUUUUAAUACAGCAGAAGAUGCAGCUCGAGCUUAUGAUAAAGCUGCUAUUGAAUUUAGAGGUCCUAGAGCUAAGCUUAAUUUCUCAUUUGCUGAUUAUACAUCAAUUCAACAGCAGAAUGCAACUACUAGUACUACAUUUUCUAUAUCUCAGCAACAACAAGAGCCUGUGCAUGAGUUACAGCUGGGAAAUAAAACAGAUUUUGGUAUUGGAAUCGAAGAAGAAUUCUGGGAUCAAUUAAUGGCAUCAGACAAUGAGAUUCAAGAUUGCUUGAGGAUGAUGGAUUUCAAUGGCGAGUCUUCUUAUUCUGGUGGAGGGAGCAUUGCUCAUAGCUUCUGAUUUGCAAUUUCAAGAAUUGGAAAGGAACAGAGAAAAGGAAAAAAUUAAAUAAAUCAAAGUGGACUAAGGUGUCUUGUGUGCCCAUUUAGUUUUAUCAAAUUUGGGCUACUGAAUAUUUCCCAUUUUGGAUGUACUACGUUUUUUCUGGUUUUUUAGGAUUUUAUCAUAAAUGUACUUGAGGAUUGUACAAGAAUUUUGGAAUUUGUAAGGGGAAUGACUUACAUGUGAAUUAAAACUCCCAAAACUUGGAAAGAUUAAU